AUGAGCAUCUAUCACAACCCAAAUGACAAGUUGUAUUACUACUGUGUGUUAUGCGGCUAUAACUCGACCCCCAAUCAACUCCUGGCGCACAUCCGGAGCCGUCACAAGACAUUGAACGCCGAGAAGCGGCCCGACGUUCACCAACUGAUCGCCGAUCGGAUCGAUUACUGCCGCCAAUUGAACGCCAAUUUGACGGCUGCCAACGGUUCCGCCAUUCAGUCGCUGCCGGCCAACAAUGUCCACCAACUCUUGGCCGCCGGCGAGGGCUGUAUGACCUGCGACUCUAUCGUUGGCUUCUAUCGAUUGGACGCCUGGUCUGCGGCCAAGCCGUUGAAUAAGUGCGGCUGCGGUCAGAAGAAACCCGGUCUCGUCGAGUGCACCCGAUGUCAGAACCGGUUCCACUGGAGCUGUCACGAGAAGGUGCCCAUCAGUGGCUACGCGGGCCACGAUUUUGGCGCCUAUUUAUGCAAAUACUGUCGUUCGCGGGACUUCAUGAUCAUUGGCCGCAAUCAUUUGUCACCGCAUGAACUGCUGCUUCACCUGCGCCUCCACUACCACUACGCGCCACUCAAGUGCUUGGGCUGUAUGGACCGGUUCCCGGGCUACGCCGCUCUUCGCCUACACAUUCAGGCCCGACACGGGAAUAGCAAACUAGCCAUCGAUAAGGGCUGCAACACGUUGUGGUCAUUCGAGCCGAUCGCCGAACUCGAGGCUCUUAUCGCCAAAGCGGGCAUCGAUUCCCGGCUGGACUUCAUUGCGCACACGUCGUCACCAAUUGUUGUGGGUAACGUCUCUCUAAGAGAGGCAUUGCUUUCCACCGCUUCCGGGAAUACAUUGUCGGCGACCACUCCUUCUUCUUCUUCGACCACCGCUUCCCCAGCACUCGUUGAUCUCACAGAUGAACCAAACUCUCCGCCACCCGUUAUUCCCGCCACCGUUACGUCGGCGCCGGCGGUCAACAUACAGCCCGCACAACACAUUUACUUCAUUAACACAUUAACCUCUGCAACCGGACAUUUAUUGUACACAAAUAUCGCUCAACAAACACCUUCGGCAUCAAAUGUCGGCCCAACUCUAGCGUCAAACGUCGGUCAAAGUCUAGCCGCCCGUCUCACCCAUUCUCUGGGCUUACAAAACGUCGCGCCGCCCUCUCAGGCCACAAACGCCGUCCAAUCAAUACCUCAAUACAAUGUGAUCAAAAACAUACCGCCGCGAUUGGCCAAAGUCAUCGUUACAGUUAAACAAUUGUCUGAUUUGAAUCUAUUCAAUGGCGGUGGUGCCGAUCAGGCGUUCAACUUCUUUACCAAACAUCUCAUUCAAAUCGAAAAGCUUUGCCACGCAUUGAAUGUGACGAACCAAAUGAAACAAACCGUUUACACUUUAUUGUCGACUGCGCUGUCCAUUCCGAUGGCAGACCUCAUGCAACGGACAGCGAGCGCCUACAGCGAGCACAUGAUCCACAAGAAUAGGACUCACAUUAAGAAACUUGUGGACCAACUCAUCGUACGGACAGCGUUCACGUCCCAGAAGACGGCGCAGGAGUUCCAGUUCACCGAAGACUUAGUCAAACUAUUGAAUAUAACGUAUUUCUAUAAAAUGAAACAAUAUUUUCGGCUUAAGAUCGACAAUCCGGCUCCGGAUGAGUAUUUGUUGAACUUCUUGUCGAACGCGAUUCUACCGCUUUGGUCGACGGGAAACAUGACUUGUCAGCGAUUGAUCCAAAAUGUCGACAGUCGGGAACUGAAGCGUUUGUUUUCCCCGUUAACGGAAUCCCAAUCAGCCGCUCAAGAGGUCUCUAUUGGUUCAGCGCCCGUAUCCGUUAACGUGUCGCCCGCAGCGGCCGUUGUGUCCGACGCCGAAGUCAUUGAUCUAUCGUUUGAUUCGGGCGAUGAAGAGGUGGCCGGAGAACAACAGGCUUCGGAAGCCGAAGCCGUGGUAAACGUUGCGGUAAAUGAGAUUCCGAUUGAGACAAUCGGCGAACCAAUGAAUGAAUCAAUUGCUGUGAUGAACGACUCGUUGGACGUAUCGAUGGACACGACAAACGACCCUUUGAAUCAGUCGAUGGAAGUGACGCACGAAGAAGCAGAUACAGUGUCUGCGGUCGCGGCUACAGCCGACUCUUCACCAAUACGUGUCCAGAAGUUCAAGAGGUUGUGCAUAAAGUUGGGUCACAUAUCGUGUGUGUAUUGCAUUAAAUUCGACACAACGGGCCGAUACGUGUUCACCGGUUCCGACGAUUAUCUCAUCAAAGUUUGGUCAACACUCGACGGCCGACUAGUGGCCACACUUCGCGGCCACGAACACGAGAUCACCGACAUAGCCGUCAGCCACGACAACAGCCUACUGGCCACGGGUGACAUCAAUUAUCUCAUAUUCAUUUGGUGUUUGAAGAGCGCCCGAGCGCUACAAGUGCUGAAAGCGCACACAAAACAAAUCACUUCAUUGGCGUUCUGUCCGCUGACACAAACCACGGCCUCGUAUUUGGUGUCGACCGGCGAUGACGGCCGGGUCUGCUUCUGGCGCUUUGACUCACAGUCGCGCGCAUUCAACGCUACGCCCGACCCGGAGAUCAUUGAACAGCACUCUAAGAAGUCCGGCAUUUCGUGCUCGUCGUUCUCGGCCGGCGGUCAUCUGCUGGCCGUCGGUUCCACCGACUCUUACAUCACUAUCUAUGCGGUGGACAAUACGACCGGUCCGCAGAAGAUGCUGUCCAUGAAGUACCACUGGGGACACGUUGAUAGAAUUCAUUUCAGUCAUAAUAGCCUACGGUUUGUCUCGUCGAGUAAUAACGUGUUCAGUGAUAAAGACAUUGACAAAGACAACGCCUUCAUCUGGCAUAUGGUGGACAACUCGUGGGCAGUGAUACCCAUCAAAGUGUACUUACAGAUCGGUGACACGCGUUAUAAUUAUAAGACACUGAUCCACGAGAUGGAGUGGACACCCGAUGACCAGUAUGUGGUCACUUCGUUGACCGACUACUCUAUCAAAAUCUGGAACUCAACUGAUGGCCAACUAUUGCACGUAUUGAGCGGACACGACGACGAGAUACACGUGAUUCAAUGCCACCCAACGCUUCCUCACAUAUUCUUGUCGGCCGGUUAUGACGCCAAAGCUAUCCUCUGGGACCUGACCAAAGGCCGGCCGCUGAAGACUCCCCGACGGCCGAAUGUUGGCCACAGCCGACUGUUACGGCCGGUUCGCGCUGUACGGCGCCGGCGAUCUGGAAUGACACAAACCACGGCCUCGUAUUUGGUGUCGACCGGCGAUGACGGCCGGGUCUGCUUCUGGCGCUUUGACUCACAGUCGCGCGCAUUCAACGCUACGCCCGACCCGGAGAUCAUUGAACAGCACUCCAAGAAGUCCGGUAUCUCGUGCUCGUCGUUCUCGGCCGGCGGUCAUCUGCUGGCCGUCGGUUCCACCGACUCGUACAUCACUAUCUAUGCGGUGGACAAUACGACCGGUCCGCAGAAGAUGCUGUCCAUGAAGUACCACUGGGGACACGUUGAUAGAAUUCAUUUCAGCCAUAAUAGCCUACGGUUUGUCUCGUCGAGUAAUAACGUGUUCAGUGAUAAAGACAUUGACAAAGACAACGCCUUCAUCUGGCAUAUGGUGGACAACUCGUGGGCAGUGAUACCGAUUAAAGUGUACUUACAGAUCGGCGACACGCGUUAUAAUUACAAGACACUGAUCCACGAGAUGGAGUGGACACCCGAUGACCAGUAUGUGGUCACUUCGUUGACCGACUACUCCAUCAAGAUCUGGAACUCAACUGAUGGCCAACUGUUGCACGUAUUGAGCGGACACGACGACGACAUACACGUGAUUCAAUGCCACCCAACGCUUCCGCACAUAUUCUUGUCGGCCGGUUAUGACGCCAAAGCCAUCCUCUGGGACCUGACCAAAGGCCGACCGCUGAAGACUUUCACCAAUAAGAAGGGCCGCGCGAUUCUGGACGCCUCGUUCAGCCCCGACGGCCGAAUGUUGGCCACAGCCGACUGUUACGGCCGGUUCGCGCUGUACGGCGCCGGCGAUCUG